ACUUAACCAAUAAGCCACAAGGCCAGCCCCUGUAUAUCUCUUUCUAAGCAAUUUUAUCAUUGCCAGUGGCGUAAAUGAUCAUUUAUAUAUGCUAAUGUCACACAUUCUUGGAGCCUCAAACCUAUAUUGCCUUCUAGAUAUUUCUGUUUUUGUGGCCCAUAGGCACCUCAUACUUAAUAUGGCCCAGACUGAAUUUAUCAUCUUUCCCAUUUCCAACACUGACGUUUUAUUCUAUAUUUUCUGUCCAUGAGGAUGGUAACAACAAUCCAUCCGGUGACUCAGGCUAGAUGCUUGAGAGAAGCCAAGCUUGAUCCUCACCCCACGCUCCUCUGGCUCCAAACCCAGUCUAAUUUGCCCACUAAAUAUCUCUUCAGUACAUCUGUUCAUCUCCCUUUUCUGACACUGCUGAACUCAGACUUUUUGCAUCCCUUUUCUGGAUCAUCUCACCCCUUCUGGACUGUUCUCCCUGCUGGCGGCUUCAUCUCCCCACUCCACCUAAAGACUUGAUAUUUUUUCUUUGCCAUUGUUAUUCAUUUAUGUCUGCUUUUCUUUAGCGUCCUUUUCAAACUAAAAAGUAAUAUACUCUCAUUGUAAAAUAGCCAAAGAGUUUAUAAAACUAAAAAGUAGAAGUUAAAGCCACCCCUGACCCAGUCCACAAAUUUUACUCCCAAGCACACAAACACACUUUUUUUUUCUAAAAGUAGGAUCUUAUUAAACAUGACGUAUUUCUUCUACUUUAAGAGGCACUUUUUUUUCACAUUUUAACACUUCUGAAACCUAAAUGUAUCCUACAAUCAGUGGUGUCUCAGCUUUGGUUUAAUACACUAUUGUUCUGCAAUGCGCUCUUUCUACUCAUUAACGUGGUUCAGGAUUACAAGCCAGCACUUACCUCUAGGAUGAUCUUUCCAAAGUACAAAUGUGGUCAGGUCACUACCCUCCCAAAAGUCCUUCAAAGGCUCCCCUCUCCACUUCCUUCCCUGAUCCAGGCCCUUCAUCUUCUGACUCCCUGCUACUUUUGCAGUCUCAUUUCCAGCACAUCCCCACCCAUCUUCUUCCUUAAAGACAACUAGAUUUACAGUUAGUUCCCCAAAUGCGCUAUGCUGAGCCAGAGGGUGCUUUUCUCCUCUAACUCUUCCUCAGCUCCUCUACUCAAAGUCGCAUCUUACUGGAGAAUUGUCCCAAUCCCCCAAGGUGAGCCUGCGCUCUUCCUUCGUGUACCACCCAUCAACUUCCCCAGCAUCUGUGCACUUCUUGGUUCAAUCACUUAACACACGGUUUCAAGCCAUUUCUCUUGUCUGUUGCCCCCAAUAAAUAGUGAGUUCUCGAGCAUGCCAUCUUCUUUAUACCCAUUUCCAGUAGUGCCAGGGCAACACAGGAGGUCCAUAAAUAUUUUUGUAAACAAGGAACUGUGCACAAGGAAGGAUGCCAAAUGCUCCCUGAGUCCAGGCGAAGAGCAUUCUAAUUAACUGUCCUCUUAACCUGGGAUAAGUGCUAGAAAAAGGAGGCCAGAAGCUCUAGAUAACUACCUGCACCCCCUGAAAUCUAAAGCAAUUGGAUUUUUUCUUCUGUUUCCUUGGUUUCUAGUCCUCCAGACCUACUAAUUCCAGCCUCAACCCUCAAAGACAAUCCGAUUUCAACAAGCACAGCCUUGAUGACGGUUUCCUUUCUCCCUAGUCCUUUUCAGUGCUCCAAGUCCAAACCUCCAUCUAUAUCAUCACGCCCUCUUGCCGCAAGUCCUCUAUUUCGUAACCAGGAGUUUUGAAAAGUACCGAAGGGGGAUUCUUUCCACUUCCUUCUCUAAAACGCCCACUUGAGUUUCCCAUUUGAACUCCCUCCUGCCCUAGGUGUGGACACACCUCUCAGAGCCACCAAGACUCAACACCAGGAAAUAAACACAAAAGGAAGCUUUAGUUUAACACAAAACCUUUAUUUUAGUAACUACCCUAAAGGCUUGAAGUUAAUUUAGAGAUCUCUGUGGAAGCCAUUAUCCCCUCUCAACCCAGUGGUGGGGUUGGAUUCUAGAAAAUGCCAAAAAUAGACAAAAAUGUUUCCCAGUUCUUCUUUCUGACGUAGAUCAUUUAAAGCCAAGGAUUCUGAAUCAUUUAUGGAAAAGUACCAGGGUAUGUGGGGGAUUUAAAAUAAAGCUCAGCUAAUGUGGCCUAUGUGGCAGUCGCUAAGAUUGGUCCAUGCCAAAACAUGCUGACAACUGUAGGGCCAACAUACUUUCAAUACCCUCUCAUUGCAAAAAGGACAGGAACUCAUGAAACAACCAGAAAUAGUAAAGAAAAAAAAGAAAAAGUGGAAAGAUGCGGGAAAGACAGGAAAGGAGAGGGCAGAUGACAGGACAGGAGAAAAUAGAGACUUUAUAAUAGGAAAUAUAGCUGACAGAGGCUUUCAAAAACUAGGCCUAUUUUGUCACAGUUUGGGCUAAACAAUCACCUCACAACUGAAAGAAGACAGCUAAAGAAAGGAAUGGGGGAGGGCCUGGAGCCAGAUAGAUAAAUAGAUAAACCAAUGAAAAGUAUCUUGGGGAAGGAAAAAGGACUGAUAAGGAAACAGGAUCUCAACUCAAAGACCAGAGAAUUAUUAAAGAAAGGGCAGGAUCAAUGUGUGGACAGAUGAGAUGAAGGGGGAAGGCAGCUGUCAAAAAUGUGCUGUGAUUCUGCCGUUCAGAAGGCAGGUGAAAAAGACAACUCCAGGCUGCAACUGGACUGGGAAUUAGGAAGCUCUCAGCCCCUCAGGAGAGAAUGAGCGACCCGCGGCCGUUCUAACGGUCGGAGCAGUGUGGUCAGAGCAGGCCAGCCUGGAAUAUGCUCACCAUUUUAACGUGUGGAGGAAACCUUACAUUCGGAGAGAAAAGACAACUUCACCACUUAGCCUGCACAGAAGAGACUGUACAAAUCUGUUCACAAAUUUUAGAGUAAAUAAGAACAAAGUAACACUAGGCGCGAAAUACCUGAACUGAACAAAUAUCAAACUCUGAUUUUUCCUGCACCCUAGCAUGAGACUGUUAGGAAGGAAAAAGGCCGGAACCAACCUGCAACCUUCAGAGAGAUUUCUUUUUCUGGACAGAAUUCGGUGUGUUUGCACCCCUGGGAGUCGGUGCAGGAGGAGCCGCCCUGGCAGGAUCUUCAGAUCAAGAGAGGCUUGUUUUGGAUGCAGAAUGAGUUUCCCCGACCUCAAUACCACCUCAGGGGAUCUGAAAUCACUACCCCACAGCGUUAAUAAAGGCAUCUUUUGGAGAGACCGCAGGAUGCCGGUUAAUUUGCACUUUCUUCUCCACCUAUCCACUUCAGCCACAACUUAAGCAGCGAAAGGAGAGGGCAGGAGCAGAUCUUCUAUUGCUUUCGUUUCCUAUGUGGCCGAGACCCAAAGAAGCGGGCCGAUCGCCUACCUGCCUUCCGUUUCCCCGGCCAGGAGCGGCCGCGCGUCCUGCAGAGCGUUCGCUGCCGCCUCCCGCUUGCCCGCAACCUCACCUACAGACGCUCUCUGUGGUUCAGACCAGCCUGACUCAUCUGGGAUGGGUGGCAUGGGUGGGGGAGACCUCAGAGGGCGGAGGGACAGGAGGAGGCGGGCCGGGCCCUUCCCCCAGAGCCAGGGAGGAGGCGUCGCCAGGGCGCAGGUGAAACCGACUCCGACCUAUCCCGGGAACUUUCGCGGCCGGGACUAGCUGCUAGAGGCCCGCGUCGCGCAGGGGCGGUUUGGGAGCCGCCCUUUCCCACCCCGGCUGUGCGCAGGGGCUCAGCCCGGGGCGUCUGCCCGGGGUCCCGCGGCCCUCUCGGUGCGAUCGGGGGCUGCAAGCAGCGCUGGCUUCUGCGGCUGAUGGAGGCGGGUGGCUCCGCCUCGGGCGCAGGUGACACACACCAGGCCAGGGUUUCUGCUGGCCGGCGAGAGCGCAGGGAGGGCGAGACGCAGACACCCCGGGGGCAGGGGACGACAAGGCAGCGAUGGCCCGAGAGUUGAGCCAGGAGGCACUACUGGACUUUCUGUGUCAGGCCGGGGGCCGAGUAACCAACGCCGCCUUGCUGAGCCACUUCAAGAGCUUCCUCCGAGACCCCGACGCGCCCCCCGGCCAGCAGCAGCGCCGCCGCGAGCUCUUCAAGGGCUUCGUCAACUCAGUCGCCGCAGUGCGCCAGGACCCCGACGGCACCAAGUACGUCGUGCUCAAGAGGAGGUACAGGGACCUUUUGGGGGAGGAGGGACUGCAGCGACCCCGCGACCCGCCCGCAGCCGCCGCCCCUGCAGGGGGAGCGGCGCCCUGCUCCCCGCGAGGCGCGCGCCGGGGGGAGCCGCCGCCGCAGCAGCCCAGGCGGCGGCGGCGAGAGAAGGAACCGGAGGAGGAGCCAGCAGGUGCCGCAGCCCCGGCCGCGGCCGCAGGUUGCGAUGGACUCCCGGCCAGCGGCGCCCGGGAGGCGUCCCGGGGAGGCGGCGGGCGGAGGGGCAGCCCCGGCCCCAGAGCGCCAGUGCCCGCGGCGGCGGCGACAGUGACCCAGGCCGGCGCGAGGUGCGCGGCUGCGGAGACGCAGGGCCGCUGCUGCUGGGAAUGCCUCCAGAACGGCCUGGAGGGACUGCCGGGCGAGCCGCUGCCUGGCGCCCCCUCGGACCCCGCCGCCGCCAGGGAGAAGCAGGCGCGGGCUCCGCCUGCCCAGGCUGACCGCGGGGCUCCCAGGCAGCGGCGGGAGGGCGUGCCUGCUGAGCCCGCGCGGGUGCCCGCAGCGCCGCGCUCGCCUGCUGCAGCCGUCGAGGGUGCCGCCAGCGGGGCGUCCCCGUCUGCUCCCCCGUCCCGCCUCACUCCCCCCGAAGACCCGCCGGAGCUGGGGACGCCGAGCUCUCUGCGUUAUUCGACCCUGCAGCAGCAGCAGCAGCGCACUCGAGAAUGGGUGGCCAGACACCCCCAGAUUCCAGAAGCCCGGAAUCAGGGCCCCAUCCGAGCCUGGUCGGUGCUGCCGGACAACUUCCCUCAGCUAACCUCGGAGCUGGGCUUGUGGGUCCCGGAACCUAAUUCAGCGCCGCCGGAGCCCCCUCUUUCCUCGCCUUCUCUCUUUCCUGCUGCCGCGGAAUCCUGGCCCGGGAACUCCCCGUUGACAAUCUUUCGCAGCAUUCGUUGUCAGCUGUCCCUCCAAGAUCUGGAUGGCUUUGUGGACCAGGAGAGCCACAGCAGUGAGGAGAGCAGCGCUGGGCCCAAAGACUCCCCUGGAGGUUCUGAAGAGGGGCUGCAGGUUGCCCUGAGAACCCCCGAUUGGGGAAAGCUCAGGAAUCCAGCCGGGGGCCUGUCUCCAAAGGAGGGCAACCCCAGUAGGAGCCCUCAGGGCCUCAGAAACAGAGAGGCUGGCCACACCUCUGAGCAGGUCCCAACAGGGGCCAAUGGCCUUGCAGGCCACCCCCAAGAGCCUCUGCCUUGGCCAGCUCCCAAGAUAAGGAGAUCCCUCAGGAGGAGCUCCAGGGCAGGGAGAGCCAAAUUGUCCUCCUCGGAUGAGGAGUGUCUUGAGGAGGACUUGCUGAAAAGGAGUCGGCGCCCGCCACGGUCCAGGAAGCCCUCCAAGGCAGGAGCCGUGUCCAGCCCAAGGGUGGAUGCCGCUCUCAUGCUAAAACCUGCAGAUAUUAAGGUUGCUCUUGCUGAGCGGGGUCGGCCACACAGCUCAUGGGCCCCGGAUGGGGAGGGACCUGCAGCCUUGGUCCCGCAUAGACCUUCUGAGCACAAGUCAUCCCUGGUGCCCCUAGAUGCCAGGGAGCAUGAAUGGAUUGUGAAGCUUGCCAGUGGCUCUUGGAUUCAGGUGUUGACUUUAUUCUGGGAGGACCCCCAGCUGGCUUUGCACAAAGACUUCUUGACUGGAUACACUGCCUUGCACUGGAUAGCCAAACAUGGUGACCUCAGGGCCCUUCAGGACUUGGUUUCGGGUGCACAGAAAGCAGGGAUUGCUCUUGAUGUAAAUGUGAAGUCCGGUUGUGGGUAUACCCCUCUGCACCUUGCAGCCAUUCACGGCCACCAGGCAAUCAUCAAACUGCUAGUGGAAAGGUUGGCUUCUAGGGUGAAUAUCCGAGACAGCAGUGGGAAGAAGCCAUGGCAGUAUCUGACCAGUAAUACCUCUGGGGAAAUAUGGCAGCUGUUGGGAGCCCCUCGGGGCAAGCCCAUUUUUCCUGUCUAUCCCUUAGUCCGAAGCUCUUCCCCCACCAGGAAGGCGAAGAGCAGGGAAAUAUCUAGAAAUGUCACCCGAAAGACUUCCUUAGCUGCGCUACUCAAAAGUCAGCACAGCAAAUGGAAAUCUGCCAACCAGUAUGAGAAAUUCGCCACUCCGAGGGAAAGGGAAGAGUACAGUGACUGAGGUGGGCCCCUCUCUCCAACCUGCAGCCACCACGCCCCCAUCCUUGAGCUCUUCAGUGAGAGAAUUCAAGGGGAAUAGAAAAAUGACUGAGGAGUUGGUAAGGGGAGAGGUCGAGUGAGAUGUCUAGCUAGUGUUUACCUCCCUGGAUUUUAUGUCAGCACGUCCCGGCCCUCAGAGGUCAUCCAAGCUUUCUGACAGCUCUAGUCCUUGGGCCGGUGAAACCUAGACGAGAGACAGAGACAGGUGCUUCAAACCCAGCAGGUGUUCUUCCUCUCCCCUUGCCGCCACGAUCCGAUCCGGGCACAGUAAGCCACAUUGUUUUCUGAAGCAGCCAUCCCAGACCUUGGCUAGAGAGGGAACAGAUGUCUAACAAGAAGGGAGGCAAUUCGAGGAAUUGACAGAGCUCAAAUGAAAUCCUCUCUGGCUAGUAGCUCUCUGGCUUCUGUUCAUUUGGAGAAUGAAUCUUGGCUGAGAGUGGAAAGCACCAGGUUUGAAAUCAGAUGGCUCCUCUUCAUUUCUUUCUCUUUCUUUUCUGGCAUUCAAAUCAGUGAAAUAGAAUUUUUACUGGAGAGUAGAAGUUAAUUUAGCCCUGUCCUCGGGUCUUCCUUUGAAGGCAACCUAUGGUGGCUGAGGCGUGAAAUGAUUAGUGCCUCAUCUGGGUCUCUUCUUCACCAUCAGAGAAGCUAUUGGGUAAGAUCCAGUUAUGACUGACAAUCAGGCCCUGCUUUUUAAAAAUCACCCUAAGGGGAACUUUGUCCAAAUGUAAGAAUUAUGUGGCUCAUUUGCAUGGUGACUGAAACCAUCUUUCACAGAAACGCCCUGGGUAACAAAGAGCAGAAUUAGCAUCAGUAGUCUUCAAUAGCUUUGAAUGACCAAUGUUCAUACUCGUGAAAAGAGAGAAAUGAUUUUGCUCUGGGGAAGCAGUAAGGGUUAAGAGGUGAAGGCCUCCCCACCAGGAAUUUUCUAAGCUGCUAAAUAUAAUUUUGUUUGCACUAAACGUGUUGCCAAUUAAGAUUAAAUCUUAGCCUUAAGUGCUACAUAUCUAACUGGAAGUGCUUCUUUUAAUUGCUUGGGACAGGACUAAUCUUCGUGGGUCCCUGGAAUGAGAGAAUGGCUGGUCUAUAAACUGCAGUAGAACAUCGAAUUUCAGAAUGUAAAUUCAGAAAGGGCUGAAAAAUAUCCAAGUGGAAAUUGUUCAUUUUUUGUGGAAAUGUUUUCAUGUGCUGUGGCAAUGAUGCUGUAUUUUAAAAGGAUUUUUGUGUUUCACUUGGUUAUUUUCUUCCAUUAAAAUAUCAACAGAUCUUUAUAAUUUAUUGUACUUAGGCUGAUUACUGUGAACUUUCUUCUUUACAAAAUUGUGUCUCAGUGAGCGUCAAGGAUUUUUAUUUCUUUGUGGUUUUACUUUGUAAUUUUGUUGAAAUAAACAUAUCUCUGUUCUAUUAGAAAACAAAACAAAAAAAA